UGCCCUCCAGCAUUCACGCCUACCAGCGUCCGGUGUAUACCUUGCACGUUAUAGUCCCGGGACUUUAGCACACCAACACCUCGAUAGGUGUGGGGGUGAGCCCCAGAGGAGGUGUCAAUCCUAGCGCUGCUCAGUGACCGUCGCGGCGCCACCCAAGUAACACCUUAGCCUUAAACCCGCGACUGCAGCCGAAACCCUUCCUGCUGCCCGCAGCUGCAUUCGGGAGACGGGUUUUGUUCGGCAACCGUGUUGAGACGAUAUUUUCAAUACCCGAGGUUCGCCGGCCGUCGGAACCUGACUAAAAAUCUCGCGCGUGUUUUUACUUGUGUGAUUUUUAUUAUACGCUGUAGUCGAGAUGUUGUUCGUCUAAGACGCUGUGUAAGCCGCGAUAUUGUAUCGCCGGCGCAGAAAAUUCGCCAACGCGAUAUGCGGCUAAUCGAGUUUUGGUGCGCCGAUGAAUCGUUGUGAAUAAACAGACGCGUAGAAACAGUCGUCGUGUACGUCGGUGAUUAUGGUAUACAGUGUGAUCAAGUUUCGUAUUAUAAGUAUAUACCUUGGCGAAGAAGAGUAAUAAAAACGACCAGUGGUGUUUGAUUCGAUCGUUAUACGCAAUAAAUUGUACGCCUACCGAUACAGAGGAGGCUUGUUUUUCCGGCCACCCGUCGAAGUGCAAAAGUGUGUGUUUUCUCAAGCAACGACACGUGGUAUUAAUCCGUCGCGAUGCCACUGACUCUGAUACUCAAGAUUUACAUGAGCCUGACGAAGUCACGCGGUCGUAGCGUCGACUAUUCGCAGGCCUGAUCACGGUCGGAAUAAACGCUGGUUCAAAGACAGUAGCAACUCCACGCACUCGAGUCGCGUAGCCCCGCGAAAAUCGAAACCGCACCACGAACGAGAAUAAUUCCAAAGAACGAGCUAGGUGACCCCGAAGCCUGCGUGUAUCCUUCUCCUCGUGUGUGCCGUGUACGAUAAAAGAACGGGCGAGGUUGAUAGAUGAGGGAGAACGAUCUAUCGUGCCAGAUGGUUUAUGCCGAGUGAAUAGAAUCGUCAAAAUCGUCGUGUCGUAACGAGCGCUAUCACCUCGAGUUGCUCGUCGCUACGUGACAGGGUUACUGAUCCAUAUAUACGUGUGUGUAUGCACAUAUUUAUACAUAUGUGUAUAAUGCAUAUAUUUUAAAUCCAAUACUGUGAGUGCGCGCGUGUUUGUGAUUGGAGCCGGAAGCGAACGGCCGGUGCACCGAUCCCGUUUCUCCGAGAUUUUCAUAUGCAUUGAUACAUCGUUGCGCAUGCAUAAUAAAUAAAUAGUGAGGUGUUGAUGGUAUUACUACAACAUCAUACCGAUGAAUAUUGUUCCGGCUGUAAGAGCCGAGGAUGUUGUAAAGAGUAAAAGGGGGACGAGGAUUAUACAAAGGUGUGAAAAUGAUGAAGGAGAGCUUCGGAAAGAUCGGUAUAAAAAUCCAAAAACGGUGUCGCGUUACUACAAUCGAGAAAAAUUGCAGUCAUCGUCAUCAUCGUCAUCGUCAUCAUCAUCGUCGUCAUCAUCACCAGCAGCAGCAGCAGCAGCAGCAGCAAGGAUUCGGAGAUAUUCGCGCAAUAUCGCAUCGGCAGGAAAGGAAUAUCGGAAGCGCGACUCGCGACGCGAUCAUCGCGGUGUUGAUUUAAUAUCGGCAUCGAGGCGAUAAGCUGCCAGCAGUGCUUAAGGGAAGGAAAGAAGGAAGAAGGAAAGAAGGAAGGAGGAAAGGAGCGCAAGAAUCUCGCUGUCGGCGCGACUCGCCAGCCUAAAUGAGAUUCGAACAAGACUCGGCGUGCAGCAGGGGUACCCACUGCGCCAGCAUUCCGCUCCUACUUCGGCCCAGGUUAAUCUCGGGUAAGAAGGCCGACUCCGGAAGCGAGAACAUCGGCCCGCGAGAAGACGGCAAAGAGUUGGAGACGAACGUGGCCGAGGCUGCCAGGACGGGUGUCAGGGGGGCGGUGGGGGGGCCUGGGAUGGCGUACCCCGCACCGGCCGCGGCUCUCAAUCAACACGCGCCAUUCCCGACGAUUCCCGGAUCCGCGACGAGCUCGAGUCACUUGGGAAGCCAUCUGCCGGCCCCGGCGGCCCCCAGGCCAACGGACUUCAGCGUCUCGUCGCUCCUCACCGCCGCCUCCAGCCACCCGACCCACCUCCAGGGGGGCUCCUCGUCUCAGGGAAGCGCCUCGCCGCCGCCCGGCGGACCCGGAAGUCCCGCUGCCGCCCCGGAAACACCGCCGCCGCUUCCGAGUCAUCGGGAAACUUCUCACCCCUCGUCGGCGGUCGCGAGCUACUUUAGCGCCGCGGCGCUCGCCGCCGCUGGUUUUUACAAUCCGGCGGCCCAUCUCCCUCCCACCAGCUCGCCCGGACCCAACGGCGGGCAUCAUCUUCAGGGAAAGAGCAUUCUUUCCAGCCCCCAUCAUCACCCCCAUCUCAAUCCCCACGGACUCACUCCGUCCGCUUCUUGGCUGCUUUCUGAUCAGGAUUGGAUGUCGCCCGCUGCAGCUAUAACUCAAAAUUGGAAGAGACUGGGCCUUGGGCCCCAUACCCCCGAAGAGGCCCACGCCGCGGUGUUGGCCGCGGCCGCGGCGGCCUUGCACCACCACCACCACCACCAGGGCGGGCCCGGUGGUGGGAUGAGGCCCCUGAGGCAUCCUCUGCCCCCGGGGAUGCUGGGUCCGUCUCUGCCGCUCCCGCCUCACCACCCCCUUACGGGUCCCCAUCACCCCCUCGUACCGCCCCACCACCCCGAGGAAGACGGUGUCGUUGACGACCCCAAGGUCACCUUGGAGGGUAAGGAGCUUUGGGAAAGGUUUUACAAACUCGGGACGGAGAUGGUCAUCACGAAAAGCGGCCGGCAGAUGUUCCCGCAAAUGAAGUUCCGGGUGUCCGGCCUCGACGCCAAGGCGAAGUACAUCCUCUUACUGGACAUCGUUGCUGCCGACGACUACAGAUACAAAUUCCACAACAGCAGAUGGAUGGUCGCUGGUAAAGCGGAUCCCGAAAUGCCGAAGAGGAUGUACAUUCAUCCGGACUCCCCGAGCAACGGUGAACAGUGGAUGCAGAAGGUGGUGAGCUUUCACAAGCUUAAACUGACGAACAACAUCAGCGACAAGCACGGCUUUGUAAGUACUACGAUACUGAACUCGAUGCACAAGUAUCAGCCGAGGUUUCAUCUCGUCAGAGCUAACGACAUCCUGAAACUGCCCUACUCGACCUUCAGAAGUUACGUGUUCAAGGAAACCGAGUUCAUCGCCGUAACUGCAUACCAAAACGAAAAGAUCACGCAGUUGAAAAUCGAUAACAACCCGUUUGCAAAAGGUUUCAGGGAUACGGGGGCCGGAAAGAGAGAGAAAAAAAGACAGGCGCUGUUGACCGUGUCAGGCGGUGGUUCCCGGCUCUCAGGCGGCGAUCCGACGCCGAAGAAGCGACGCUCCUCGACGUCGGCGACGGACCUGGACGACGACGACAAACUGCUUGACGUAGUGGGCCCGGACACGCCGCACCCCGCGCACCAUCACCGGGAACGGGACCACUCAAGGGACCGGGAUGACCGGGCGAGCGACCGAGGCGAGGGGAGCGACUCCUCCGGUUCGGAGAGCGGCGGCACGGCGACGGCGAGUUCGGAGGGCCCGAGGCCCGACGUCUCGGUGGGCCCACCGCUCCACCCCCCACUCCUACCCUGCCUCUACCCGCCGGUACCGGGCCUCUACCCGGGCCCCGGUCCGCUGCUGCCCCCGAGUCCUCUGGGCCUGCACGCCGGCGUGACGCCGGGGAUGCUCUUCAACGCGCAACUCGCCCUGGCGGCUUCCCAACACCCGGCGCUCUUCGCGCACUAUCCCCACCCGCUGGCGAGCCCGCUUCACCAGCUUAAGGGGCACCGAUUCUCCCCCUACGGUCUCCCGGCGCCCUCGCACGGCUCGGCCUUCGAGACGGUGACUCCGGGCAGUCGGACCCUCAGUCCUCGUUCGCCGCCCCCGCGUCCUCCCACGGGAUCGCCCUCCCCCGGCGGCGCGUUGACCGGAACGCCAUCCUCGACGGGGGAGCUCAAGUCGAUAGAGAAUAUGGUGAACGGUUUGCAACGGAAACGGAGAACGACGAGCCCCGGACCCGUGUCUGGGAGUCGAAUGGGUGAUACGGAAACCGGGGGCGGUGCGAGUCCGUGACAGGAGACCGAGAUACGUGUUACCAGCACGCUACCGGAUCCGGAGGACGGGGAUCUGGACGAAUUUAGUCGGGAGGAGGACGAUGCCGAGGAGGGUGGCGAACUCGAGCCCGAUUCCACUUCACCGCCGUCGUAGCCGAACGCGGUUCGGCCUCAUCAGGGGCUUGGGUAACCGGCGGACGACGUCGCGGACGAGGAGGAGGAGGGAGGGAGGGAGGAAAGAGGGAGGGAAACCCUCCCCCGACGAUACAAAGUGCAAUUUAUAAUACAGAACCGCGAAGAGUCCUGACAAUUAUAAUAUAGAAAAAGAAAAAGAGUGAAAUACGUGAAAAAAGGGAAAACGAAAUAAAGAAGUAUACAAUCUUUUCGUACAUUAUAUAUAUAAUAUAACUGUUGUAUAAAUGUUUUAAUAACCGUAUGGCUAGCCUCGUUUAACAUUUAUUUACUGCAGGGGAAGAAAAAGAACAACAACGUAGGCUUUUCAAAGUCUGCAGGAAAGUGGAGGUUUUUUUGAGUGAACUUUGUUUUUUUCUUUCUUUCUCACAACUCUCGCGUAACGAAUGAACGAUUUCAAUUGCAACAACAGCGUUCGUGAUGUAGGUACAUGAUACACAUAACUGAACGCUUGUUGCUGAACGAGGUAUUAUGUCGGUAUGACUAUCUUUCGUGAUCGACGAGCGAGUCUCGCGGUUUACCGAUAUCAUUGUAGCUAUCUAUGUAAUGCAAUACCCGCGAAGUUACGACGUGUAUGUACAAUUGUUGGACGAAUUUUGAAUGACGUUUUUCAGAAAAACGUAACGAACAAAACGAACUGUGGCUCAACGGUGUGUCUCUCUGUGUGUAAAUAUACAUCUUUAAUUGAUAGAAAAUAUAAUAUUAAUAAUAAUAAAUAUUAAUAGUAAUAACGAUAAUAUUCAUAUGAUAAUAUUAAAGAGGAAGAAGAAGAAAACGAGGAGGAGGAGAGGAUAAAAAAACUAACGACAUGUAAAACGUUGAGAAUAUAUUCAUGCAUUGCAAUAUUAAAUAUACAAGUAUAUAUUUCAUACAUGGCAUAAACACAAGCUUGAAGCAUGUAUAAAAUAUAUAUAUAUAUAUAUAUAUAGGCGAUCAUGGAUGAGAUUUCAAUGAAAGGAAAGGAAAUAAUAUAACAGAAUGAAAAACAAGACAAAGUGAAAUCAGUCAGGAAGAAACUAAGAAAAAAUAAACGAAUAAGCACAAUUAUGAUUUUUACAAAUAUUAGACGAUUAAGGUACUUGGCUGAGAGCAAUUUAAAACGAUCUAUGAUAUGCGAUCUAUACACAUGUAAAAAUAUAACGAGAAAGAGAUUAAAUAUUGGGGAUAUAAAUAUAACGUCCGUGCAUUGUAGGUACUGUAAUUGACGGAAUCGAGGAGCGUCAAACGAUGUCUCGUUACUAUAUAUAUAUAUAUAUUCAUAAAUGCAUACAUAUUAUACGGUGUUCGUUAGAUCGUGUAAGAAAAGUUGCCGAGCGACGAUGUAAAUUACAGUUAUAUAUUAUUAAAAAUUCAAGAAUGCAAGGGAAAGAAAAGAGAAUGAAAAACACUAAAGUAAAAUAAUUGAAGUAAUGUGGAGAUGAAUAUUUAAAAAAAAGGUCGAAAUAAAAAAAAAUCCUA